UUCAUUUUCUUGUCAUUGAUUGAGUUCUCAGUCAUUACAUACAUAUCGAGGGCUGAGAAGAGGAAAAUCAGAGAAAUUAAAACAUUGCGAAGAAAUAUAAGUCAGAGUCAGUUGUCGUUGGCGUCAGAAGACUCGCAGUUUACGUUCACUGCCAACGAUGGCAAACAAUUAUGUUCAGCAAAAAAUUCAGAAAGAUUUCCGUUCGAAGGCAUUGAGAUUAAAGUUCCCCGGUCUCCCAAAUUAAAUGAAAGGCCAACCCUCAUGAUUCCCGGCAGUCCUUCAUUGAAAAAACAUAACUUCAUCGUAACCCCUCCCGAUACCCCUCAGACCCCCAACUUUGAUAUAAGUCCGGACAAUUCAUACGACCCCCUGAAGAAAACUCCGGUU